GGACAUUUCAAGUUUCACAGUUGUUUCAAUGGCAAAUGUCAUUCUGAUUUCUGAUGAUUCAAAACAUACACGUAGCCUGAAAAAAUAGGACAGAGAAAUUGAAAUUAAUAUUAAUUCUGUUCAAAACAAUAAAAUGGGUUCGAUUCGUCAAAAACAAAUAACUGCUAUUAAACAAAUGUUGAAUUUCAAUCAACCCCAAAUGAAAUUAACUCCUUCUGAACCAGUCUGGAAGAUUUUGAUUUAUGAUAAAACUGGUCAAGACAUAAUUUCCCCUUUAAUAUCAGUUAAAGAAUUGAGAGAAUUUGGAGUAACACUCUUUGUACAAUUACACUCUGAUCGAGAUCCUAUUCCAGAAGUUCCAGCUAUAUAUUUUUGUACUCCCACUGAUGAAAAUUUAACAAGAAUUGGCCAAGACUUUCAGAAAGGUGUUUAUGACAUCUAUCAUCUAAACUUUAUUUCCCCUAUUUCACGACAAAAAUUGGAAGAUUUAGCUUCAGCAGCUAUAGCUUCAAAUAGUGUAGCUAAUAUACAAAAGGUAUAUGAUCAAUAUUUAAAUUUCAUAUCUUUGGAGGAUGACAUGUGUAUAUUAAGGCAUCAAAAAAGUGACCAUCUAACUUAUUAUGCUAUCAACAAGGGUGAUAUAGUAGAUACAGAGAUGAAUAAUAUAAUAGAUAGUAUUGUAGACAGUCUCUUUUCAGUAUUUGUUACUUUAGGUAGUGUUCCAAUUAUAAGGAGUCCAAAGGGUAAUGCAGCUGAACAAGUUUCACAAAAAUUGAACCAAAAAUUAAGAGAAAAUUUAUUUGGUGUUAGGAAUGACCUUUUCCAUACAGAUACUCAAGCCGGAAAUUUCAAUUUUCAGAGACCACUUUUGAUUAUUUUAGAUAGAAAUAUUGAUAUGGCUACACCUCUCCAUCAUACUUGGACUUACCAAGCUCUUGCACAUGAUCUUCUUUCUAUGACUCUGAAUAGAGUUAUUUUAGAAGAAAGUAUACCAUCAGGAGGUGUAAGAGCUAAAAAUAAAUCAUGUGAAUUGGAUUCUAAUGAUAAGUUUUGGGUAACACAUAAAGGAUCACCUUUUCCUACAGUAGCGGAAGCCAUCCAAGAAGAAUUGGAGCAGUAUAAGUCUUCAGAAAAUGAAGUGAAGAAACUCAAGUCUUCUAUGGGUAUAGACAAUGAAAGUGAUAUAGCUUUAUCGCUUGUUACAGAUAAUACAGCAAAAAUCACAUCUGCUGUUAACUCUUUACCACAACUUCUUGAAAGGAAGAGGUUAAUAGAUAUGCACACUUCUAUAGCAACAGCAAUUUUAAACUCUAUAAAACAUAGGAAAUUAGAUACCUUCUUUGAAUUAGAAGAAAAAAUCAUGUCAAAAACUCAAGGUGUGGAUAAGCAGGUAAUGGAUUUGAUUAGUGACCCAGAGGCUGGAACUCCUGAUGACAAAUUGAGAUUAUUUAUUAUUUACUAUAUUUGUGCCACUCACUUGCCUGAAACAGAAAUGAAUAGAUUCGAGAAUGCAUUAGUGGAGACUGGUUGUGAUUUAUCUGCUCUGAAAUAUAUAAAAAUGAUGAAAAGUUUCACUAAAUUGACAGCAGGUCCUAAUCAGUAUGAAGGUGCGGGAACAAAAACAGUCAAUAUGUUUUCGAAACUAGUUUCCCAAGGUUCUAAUUUUGUUAUGGAGGGUGUAAAAAACUUAGUUGUGAAGAGACAUAAUUUACCUGUAACAAGAAUCGUCGACAAUUUGAUGGAAUUCAAAAAUAGUCAAGAAUUGGAUGAGUAUCUCUAUUUAGAUCCAAAACAGAUGAAAUCUGCUAAAGUACCAAAAAAUCGUUCACCAUUUCAGGAUGCUUUUGUCUUCAUAAUAGGUGGUGGCAACUAUAUUGAGUAUCAGAAUCUUGUUGAUUAUGCUAAACAAAAAACAACCGCUGGAAAUGUUAAAAAAAUAACAUAUGGUGCUUCAACAUUAAAUAAUGCCAACCAGUUUUUAAAACAACUUAGUUUAUUAGGUCAAGAGCUUAUGACUAAUAAGUUUCAAUAAUUUCUUAUUUUUAUAUAUGCCUAUUAAAGAUAUUUAAACAUG